AUGGUCCAUGUCAAACAGCAACAACAUUAUUUAACAAUCAAUUAUAAAGACAAAUACGCCUGUGUAUGCUGCAGUGUAUACGAGGAUGACUUGGAUACAUUAAGAAAACACAUCGCCAACGCACACGUACCACGAUAUCACUCAGCUCUGAAAGAAAGCUUUGUAGAAGACAUGUUGCAAAAAGUCAGCACAUCUUGCCUAGUUGAUCAUUCUGCUUGUUCAACGAUUUUGGAUUUUGAUGACAAGACCCAUUUAAAAGAAGGAGUUUUUACACAAGAAGAAAUUAAUGAAAUGAGGCAAAAUAGCUUGACCGACUUUUCAGGAAAUUUCAAGAAGAUCCAAAAAGAAACUUGGUGCGAUAGCCAUGUCUGGUCGCUCAUUGACACCAUAUUUGAUGACAUCGAAGCACUACAUGUUUUUCGAUCUAUCACUGGUUACAAGUGUGAUCUGAUCGCUAGAGAAGAAAAAGCUGGUCACAAAUACGCAGAUGAAUAUGGUGUUGGAGAAACUGCUGUUCACAACUUUAACACCAAGACAAUUAAAGAAGGAAGGAUAAAAUGCCAAAUUAAUCAGAGCGAGCACCAAGAUCUCUCAGUAUUUGGAAUCCAGACUUCAGGCCUAUCUAUUACAUUGCUAAGGAUAACAAAAAUUAAAGAUCUGUCUGUAUCAAGUGACAUAUCUCAAUUUACUAGGAGCAAUUAA